AUAGGGAGCAGGCAAAUAUUCGCCGACGACGGUUUGCCGUCGUUAUCAAUCCCCGAGACGACUUUUUCAAUUUGCCAGCCCUGCGUCACCAUCACCUUUUCGGCAUGAAGUUUGCCAUCGUUUUUGCUGCUCUUUACGGAGCCGCUGUUGCUCAAUUCGGAACUGACAACUGUGUGAGCGCACAGUUUCAGGCUUGUAAUAGCAAGUUAGGAGAUUUUUGGAGAACUGACACCACCUCUGCCUGGAAGGACUUGGCGAGCUUGGACAGAAUCACCCAGUCUCUCAUCGUCUCCCCAUAUGUCAUUGACUCAUGGGUCAAUGUUUGCAACGGUUACGCUGCCUUUUACGGAUGCCUUGGACAAGCUCAAAUCCGCAAUUGCCUCGGAACCGUCGGACUCGUCGGAUCUGGACUCGAUCUUAACACCGCCUACGCUUACCAAGGAUUCUUGGCCGACUGGGAUUUCAAGUGUGGAGCCGGAUUCUGGACUAUGUACGAGCGUAAGACCCUGACCACUUGCGUCGAGAGCACCUACGUCAACUACCAACAAGAGACAUCUGCCGCUAUGAAUACCUACAUGACUGCCACCGCUCAAGACCCAAAUGGUGCUUGCAAGUAUGCUCAGAAUCUCAUGAACGCGUGGCAGAACACCUACACCAAGGGACCAUGCCGUACAGUUAUGCCAGCUCAAGCCGGAUGGUUCGGAUGCCAAUCGGCUCGUGAAUGGUCUAAUGCUCAAUUCAGACACUGCAAGCAUACUACACAAUGUGCAUCUCCAACUUCCAACGAGGCUGUGACCAGAUUCAACACUGAAACCGGAAAGGUUGAAUAUGAGACUCUCCCUACCUACCAAAUCGUCGACAAUAAGGCCGUCGUCCUGAAUGAGGCCUCCUGGAUUUCCGAGUAAUUUUGAUUUUUUAAUUUUUGAAAUAAUUAUAAUUUUCUUUCAUUCCUUUUACCUGUCUAUCAUGAACUUUUUUGGGUUGAAUCACACAUACACAAUCAGUCUGAUAAAGUAAACCAAUAACUAUUUA